CAAGUGGAAAUAUAGGCUGGCUAUCUAGUCAGCACCAUGAAUAAGCACACAGGACGGAACAUAAGCGAUAAUUUUCCGAAAUUCAAUGCCAGCUCUUUUGAAGGGAAUAAGGAUCUUUAUGGGUACCUUUUGCCACUUAUGAAGCCCAAAGGAUUAUCAGUUUUGUCUAUUACCUUGAUCGAACUCGGAAGUGGGUUUGCCAAACUGGUGCUCAGUUUCACCAAAGUGCAUAUGUAGUUAAAGAUUGUAGAACAAAAGAUGGAUGCCAAAGAAGCAAAGAUUAGUUAGUUUGUGCUUGAUUAUUAAGCUUAAUUAACACGUAUCUGAAGAUUAUUAUACUCAAAUACAAGGUUUAGUAUUUC